AUGUCUUCAAACACCGCGGGAGUUGCGGCUGAUGCUGAAGCCGAGAAGUCUUGUGUCAUUUGCUCGAUCCGCCCUGGUGGCGGAUCGCGCGAAGACAUUUCGACCGUUCCGCGAACCCACAGACAUUUCAGCUUUUCAUCUCUCCACCCUACUGCCAGCACGCACGAAGGAACCGUGGCUAAUUCCCAAUUUGAUAGGCUUUCCGGCCUCUCAUACACCUCGCCGCGUGAAGCAAUCAUGACCGGUCCGGAAACUGAUAUGCAUUCCGGCCUCUCAUCCGUCUACCCGCGCGAAACAACCAUGACCGGUGCCGAGACUGAUAGGCAUUCCGGCCUCUCACCCAUCCGCCCUAAUGAUGGCCCACACACAGAGCUCUCGGUCUGGUUUUCCCACAACUCAAAAGAAGAUACCGAGUCCUACAAGCCUGCGGAAGCAAGAUUCGCCGUGCAAGCUCCCGAGGGACAAGACCAGUUGAACCUAGCUAGAUACUUUAAUCGGGAUCGCAGCCAAGUCAAUGGAAGUGGAACCAGCACUACCGGCAAGAGGUACUACUUGAAGCACUUGAAAGUUCCGCCAAAUCCCCCGAACAGAGACAGUACUGACAUGAACCCCAAGAACGAAACAAGAAUUGACUUGAUGGACAAGAGAAACUUCAAGACUCCUGUCAAGUAUCCAUACACUGAUCAGAAUACCAAGGAGACAGCAGCGCAAACCCCCGAGGGGCAGGACAAGUCGAGCCUGACCCAAUAUUUUAACAUGGAUCACGGUCAAGUCGGUGGAAGUGGAAUGGCCCCUACCCGCAAAAGGUUCUAUUUGAAGCAUUUGACAGUUCCUCCAAAUUCCCCAAACAGAAACGACGAUGAGAAAACUCCCUUCGGACAACAAAGAAUUGAUUUCAUGGACGACAGAAACUUCAAGCCCGCUGUCAAGUGUCCGUACAUCGAUCAAGACACCAAGGUGCUAGCCACGCAAACUCCCGAAAAGCAAGGCGAGUCGAGCCCGGCUAAAUAUCCCAGCAUGCAUGACAAUCAAGUCUGUGGAAGUGGAAAGAGCACUGCCCCCAAAAGGUACUAUUUGAAGCAUUUGACGGUUCCUCCCAAUUCCCCAAACAGAGACAGCGAUGAGACGACAUCCAUGACCAGACCAAGAAUCGAUUUGAUGGACAAGAGAAAUUUCAAGGUUCCGGUCGAGUAUCCGUACACUGAUCGAACGACCAACAAAAUACGCAGGAUGAGUGUCAAUUCGGAUUCCACGGUCACUAACGAGAAUAUCAAUCACCGGGCCAUGCAUCGAAGCUCCAAUUAUUCGUCCCUUCGAGCCUACAUUGUGAAUUCCUUUUUGAACAAGUCCAAUGCGCCGGACUCUGAUGGCUCGGGCUCUGAAACCGAGAAGGAAGAUUCUGCUGCUAAGGGAGCUGGAGCUCAGAAGACAAAGGAGGCUGCCAAUGGACGUGCUUUUGUGCAGAGAAGAGAGGAGAACGUCAACGACCAGCAGUAG